AUGGAUUUUGAAGAACGUUUGGCUGGAGCAGAAAGAUCCGACUCACCUUCACUAGUUGGUGCGUCAUUAAGAUCUGCUGAUGACUCCCCACACCAGAACUAUAUUCACCCGGAGAAAUACGUUUCAUCAAGAGCCGAAUCGAGAUCCAAAUCGAGAACAAGAUCAAGUAAAUUGAGACUGUCAAUUACCGCAUCUUUAGACGAUUUGAUUAAUGAAGGUGCGUUAUUGGGUUCAGAAGAGGACUUUGAUAAGUUUUUGGAUGGCGACGGUACUGUGAAGAACGAAGCCAAGUACACCAGUAAAUUGGAUAAGGAUAUUGAUGAAGCUGGUGAGGAAGAGGAUACCGAGGAGGAAGGCAAACAUGCUGGUGAUGGUGACAAUGAUGAGGUUCAGCAAAAGAUUGCUAAUGCCAUUAAACAAGAUGAACCAUUGAGGGGUAGACGGGCCAAAGUGGACGAUAAAAAAUUGCAACAUCCAGUUGAGAGUGAGAGUGAGACGGAGACAAAGUCAGCUGGAGCUAAAAAUGUAGCUUCCUCAUUCUACAAGCAGAGUGACUACUCCACCCCUAACUUGUCGGAUUACCAAUUGGACCAAAACAUCACUGACCACAGUGAUUUUGUUAGCCAUGUCCAAUCCCACGAUUUAGACAAGUUGCCUCGCUCCAAGCUGUCUUUUGCAAGCGAGAAAGAAUCCGAGUCGUUGAGACCUAAGAUCCACACUACGUUGUCGUCUGCACAACAGCAAAGAUUGGAAAGCAGCUUGCAUCCUUUUCAUACUGAUAGACCAAGAUCAAGAUCUAGAUCAGCCAAUCCAACAACACGUAUUGCUGCUCGUUCGUCAUCUUCUUCUUCCUCUUCACGCCAUUUAGCUAGAGGAGAUUCGUACAGAAACGUUCAUGGGGACGAGCCAUCAAAAUACGAGUUGCCUCCUUCUUUUUCAAGUGACGAUUUGAAGGAGUCAGAAGAAGAAGAAGGUAGAGGAAGAGCUGCCAGACCCACUUUAGGAGAUACUAUUGCUGCCGCUGAGGCCAGAAAAGCUCGAUCAGAGACUGCGCUGUUUGUGCCUGAGUAUGAAUCCAAUCCAAUCAGUAGAGAGCCAUCGUUGGUGACAACUGGUGAUUACACCAACUUUGAUGUCGACAACCCGCCACGCUCUCCAGCAAAGUAUAAACCAAAUGCAAGAUUUAUCAGAUCCAGCUCAAGUCACCCAAUGGAUGAAAAGAAUGAUUCCAACGUGGAUGGAUUGGUGGAAGAAGGCGCGUUGGUGACUGAUGAUCCAUAUGCUUCAAUAGAUCAAUUGGAUAAUUUGAUGGAGGAGGUGUUACGAGGGAAUAGUGCCUCAUCGGAGCUGAAGAAUGAGACAGAAAAAGGAAACUCAGUGAAGGCCAAGAGCUCAGUCGCAAAGGGCGAGGAUGACACUAAGGUGAAGGAGUCUUUAAAAGCACAAAAAGAGAAUGAAGACGUGCCUUCAGAUACCGCAGAGGAUGUGAAAAAUGAUGCUGGUGAUAAAAAUAAAGACCCCGUUCUGAGAACUGAAGAGGAUGCGAGUUCAAGCACAGAGUUGAAGGAAGAUAAGGAGAAGGAAGAUAAGGAGAAGGAGAAGGAAAAAUCUGAAUUUCAUAAAGCUGAAGACUCAAAGGAAGCUAACGGGAAGGAAACAACUACUUCAUCAGGUAAGGAUUUGGAAAAGAGCGCCAAAGGUUCAACCCACGAGGAGUUGAUUGAUGAAGAUGCAAAACGCGCUGAAAUAGAGGGAAAUGAGAAAGAUGACGCUGAUACAACUGCAUUAAAAGAAGAAGGUGCAUUGACCAGUAACGACCCUUUUGAACGUAUUGAGGAGAGUGAAUUAAGAGAGGGUACAACCAACGAUGAGUCAACAAAGGAGAAGUCCCGUGAAUCCGAGGAGACGAGUGGGAAUCAGUCUUCACAUUUAGAGACAAGUAGGAAAAAACCGGAGGACAACUUGAUUCAAGGAUCUCUCAACACUGAUGGACCCGCUGAUUUGGAAAAGCUCGAGGAGGAAGAAGCAGAAGGUCGCAAGGAGAAUGAACUUGAGAAAGAGGAAGAGAAAGAAGGAAAGAUACCUAAGGAUGAGGAAGCUGAAUUGGAAUCUGCAGAGAAGAAUAAACCCAACUUGAUCGUUGGCGGUGAUGAUGAAAUCGAUUCCGUUGCUAAAGAGGACUCUAGAGAAGCUGAUGGAAAGGAGAGUGCCAAAGAGAAGGCUAUUUCUGAUGCGGCUCCUGAUUCAGAGACACUGGUUUUUAAGGAAGCCGAGGAGUCCAAGCUGGCUAAAGUACGCCAAUCUGAACCAGAGGAGACCGAUGGCACCUCCAAAACUGAGGGCUUGCACAAGGAUUCAUCAGACAAGUUGCUAGAAGGAACCCUCAAUGCAGACGGUCCUGAGGAGUUGAAAGAGGACGAAGAAGAAGAGGGCGUUGUAAAGAGUCCCGAUGAAUCGGGGGCAAAGAAUGAGACAAAAGAUGGCAAAGAAGAUGAGAUUGAACCUGAAUCAAAUAAGGUUGACGGAGUUGACGAGAAAUCUGACUCAAGCAAAGAAAGCAAAGAAAACAAAGCUUCCGAGCAGGCUGGUGUCACCAAGGAUAUUGAAGCUCCAGCAGCGAAGGAUGAAUCAGGUACAAACACCUCCGCAAAGGAAUCAACCUCAACUACACCAGUCCAAACAGACUCAACCACUGAUGGAUUUGAUGAUUUAGAGGACAUCUCCCCCGCAGAAAUCCGCAAACAUCUCGAAUCUCAACCAAUCUACAUUUUCACAUCUUUAGCCGGGGGAGCUCAAAUCAUCCCUCGAACCAAUAGAUUAGCAACUAUCUUGCAAGCCAACGGAAUCAAAUUUGAGUAUAGAGAUUUGGGUACUGAUGAAGAAGCGAAAAAGAUUUGGCGCAGACAAGCUAAUGGCAAGACUUUACCUGGUGUUGUUAGAGGUGAUGAUUAUGUUGGAAAUUGGCAAGAGGUUGACGAGGCUAAUGAAGAGUAUCAAGUGAAGGAUUUAUUGUAUAGUUUUUAG